GUUGUUGUUGUUGUUGUAGACAUCGAGUUUCAUGAUUUCACAAUCACAGUCUUUUAUUUUACCCAAGCUGCUAGAACUAGAAGUGUCCAAAUCCUCAGUUCAGGUCUUGGCUGUUGCAGAGUUAGUUGCAGCAGUCCAUCCAGUCCUGCACUCAGGCUGCAUAGCAGGGAGUGUGGCAUUUUGAGCCGACCCGGCUGGAGAAGAUCUACGUCUUUUGUAGUCAAGCACAGCACCUCCUAAUAUACACUUGGGAGCGAGGACUGGGCUACCUUUUGAGAGAAACGCUGCAUGCAAGAGAGCUAGAUCCGUUGGCGUUUGCAGGUCCGUGCAUCUCUUUCGUGACCGGACGCAAUGGCGGAGAUUAGCGCACGUAGUCGGAUCCGCGGAUCGCUGCUUGGUCUAGCGUGCGGCGAUUCUGUCGGCACUGCCGUGGAGUUCAGCAAACCUGGCUCGUUUGAACCGUUGACAGACAUGAUUGGUGGUGGAGCAUUCAAGCUGGAACCAGGCCAGUGGACGGACGACACGAGCAUGGCACUGUGUCUCGCUGAGAGUCUGAUUGAGAAGGGUAGACUCGACCUGUGUGAUCAGCUGAGACGCUACAUUGAUUGGUAUGAGAAUGGUCAUUUAGGCAGUACCGGGGUGUGCUUUGACAUCGGCAUGACCACUCGCAAUGCCCUCAUGAAGUUCCGCAGGGACCAGGUCAAUCCCAUUGUCGGAGCACAGGCCGAGAAAGCUGCAGGCAAUGGUUCCCUAAUGAGGCUGUGCGCUGCACCUCUGGCAUUCUGGAAACAACCACGUGCAGCCAUGGAAGCGGCUGUGUGGUCUUCGAAAACUACACACGGCGCUCCUCAGUGUUUGGAUGCUUGCAGGUACUUUGCUGGGCUGUUGGUUGGUUGCAUGAAUGGUGUUUCGAAAGAAGAGCUCCUCUCGUCCAUGUACAGUCCAUUUGGAGUUGGGUUCUGGGAUACCUUGGACCAGCCACUGCACAAAGAGAUCAGAGAGGUGAUGGAAGGCUCGUUUCGUGUUCGUGAGCCACCAGAAAUUGUUGGAGCUGGAUACGUAGUGAAGACUCUAGAGGCAGCCCUCUGGGCAUUCCACCAUACCGAUAACUUCCGAGAUGGAUGUCUGAAAGUAGCCAACCUUGGCCAUGAUGCUGACACAACAGCUGCGGUGUACGGUCAAAUAGCCGGUGCCUACUAUGGAGAAGACGGUAUUCCCCAGGGAUGGAGGGAGAAGUGCUGCCUCGCUCCUCUGAUCUGCAUGAUGUCUGAUGAGCUGGAUGAGAUGUCGCAACAUUACGCAACAGCAUCGCUAGAGGGUAUGGCGGAGACUGGCAACGUAGGAAGCAUGGAUGAUGCAUCGUCAACACCACAAUAUACUGCUGGACAGGAUUAUUGGAAUUUGAAGAUCAUGGGAUUUGACAAGAUGGAGGAAGACUUAGCAUUGUUUGUGCGCAGAAUGCAGCCAUCUCCGAAGGCUUUUAAAAGUCUUGAAGAAGCACUGGAAGGCAAGAAGACAUUCAUGGAUAGUUACGAGAGCUUGGACAAGGAAUAUUGCAGCGUGGCAAUUCGUGAUUCAAUGGUUCAGAUCAUGGAUGGCUGGAUCAGCAAAGAAUCCAAUCGCCUGCAGGCUUCAAGACGGCUGUAAAUACGGACGCCGAUUUUCUCAGACUAGCUUAGCCGUUGCUGUCCGGGACUGGUUGUGUAAUGUGUGCGUGCCAAGACAACAGGACCUGUAUAAUAUGGGAAGAGUUUGUUUGCACGGCGUGUUCUAGUGCAUAAGGCAUGGAAGGGAUGACGGUUGAUGCACUUACCGUGCCUACCAUGCAUGAGCGCCAGAUGAUGAGUGAUACAGUUCAGAUGCACACCAGGAACUACGCCUUGCGUUGACAACAUGGAUGUACGAAGCAUCUGUGGAUCGGCACUAUAUGGCAGUGCAUGAGAUAAACUGCAUAGGCUUUAGGAAGAUUUCUGUACAUCGUUAUAUUGUCAAGUGAUUUAAAAUACUAUAGGAUUGAUUUGUGCCAGUUUGUGACUGUUUCUGGUGCUCAGAGUUCGUGAGUUGUUGAA